AUGUGCUUGUGUGUAGCUGUAGCGUGUGGGCUAAAAAACUGUGUAGAGCAGCGUACAAUUUCACUCGCGCAUUUUUACGCAACGCAUGUGAAAAUUUAGCAAUUACGUGAUAUUUUUCGAUUCGAAUUGUUUUGAAUUUCGCUUUGAAGUGUGCUGGGCAGCGCCAAGCUAACGGAAAUUUGCACCUUGCCGCCUGAAGGGCCUGAAGACAAAUCGAAAUUCUUGAAAAAAAAAUAAACCAAGGCCGAACAAUAUGGCGAGCGGCGGCGGUGGCACCGAAUUGCAGCCACGUUUAAUGGCUGAGCCACUACACAUACAAAGAUUGGAAGCGGCACUAAAUAUGCGUCCGUUUAUGCAGAUGGCGCGCCAGGCGCUUAAGCAGCCGCUUAGCAGCGGCGAGGGCAGCGCCACUGAUCUGGAGCCAGGCGGCGAGGCGAGCGCCGAUUCAGAUGAUUCUACUCGAGUUGGCAUGGUUCAGCUAAAACAGCGACGUCGAAAGCGGAUACUGGGCAGCAAGGAGGAGAGACAAAGUGUCAAAACGCAGCUUUACAAUUUUAACGAUUUGACCAGUGAUCGGGAAUGGCUUUAUGACAUGUUGCUCAGCGACACCGAGAGUGAGGAACAGCUAAGCGAUGAGGAUGAGUAUAUCAGUCAGCUGCUGCGCGAGCAUAUGCAUGAGCAACGUGAGCGCAAGAGAUACUAUAAAAAGCCAACGAAUGCCCAGUAUGCUUACUAUGGCAGUGGUCUGCUAUCCAAUCAUGAUGUCUAUGCUGAACGGCAGCAGGCUACAGCUGGUGUGCGCAAGCGGCGACGUCGUACCAAACAGGAGAUACUGCUAGCAAAACUGGCUGAGGCGCAGGCAGGUCCCAAACCAGCUAAGCAACGUCGACGUGGACGCAAGAAACGUUCGUUGGGAUCGCCAGAGUCGGGUGAGGUGCAUCCCUCUGAGUUGGGCAAAUAUAGUUUUGGCGAUACGCUGCCUGUGAACGAUGAGGACGACGAUGAAAAUGGCGUUGUGGACUACAAACGUGAGCUGGCAAAUUUCGCACUUGAUUUUCCAGAGGAAGAAGAGGAAAUUGAAGAGGAAGUGGAUGUGGUCGGAGCCAGCGAUGGCCAAGUGACGCGUGUGCGACGUCGACGCAAAAAUCCCGAAGUGCUGGCGGCGCGUCGUCGUCGCAUUUGGCAAAUCAUGUCGAAGAAAGAAACUGUGCGCCUGCAACGCAUCAAGAGCAACAAUCACAAAGAGAUGCUGGCCAAUUGCAAGCGUAUUGCUGGCAUGUGCGCCAAAGUUGUGCGACAGCGAGCGACCAACUCACAGCGCAUUAUGAAGGAGACGGUUUGGCGUGCGAAGCGUCUGACACGUGAAAUGUUAACAUAUUGGAAGCGCUAUGAGCGUGUCGAGCGAGAGCAGCGUCGCAAGCAGGAGCGGGAAGCAGAGGAGCAGCGCAAACAAGAUGUGGAACUUAUUGAGGUGAAGCGACAGCAGCGCAAGCUAAACUUCCUUAUAACACAAACCGAGCUCUAUGCACAUUUUAUGUCCAAAAAACUGGGCCAAGGUACCGAGGCCGAUCAGCUGCGCAUACUCAGUCAGCUGGAUGAGGAGCAUAAUGCGCGUCUAGCAGCGCAAGAUGACUACGAUGCGGGUGAGAUGAAGCAGCUGGCGCAGGCUAAUGCAACCGCAGCGAUGCAACGUGAUUUGGACAAAACGCGCGCCUUCGAUGUGCGCUUCAAGAAGGAGGAGUUGCAGGAGCAGCUGGAUGAGUUGCCGCUGCCAGCACGUGACCACAUGAAGGACUUGCCGCAGCCACAAAUGUUUAAGGGCACACUCAAAGCCUAUCAGAUAAAGGGUAUGACCUGGCUGGCAAACAUCUAUGAUCAAGGGAUAAGCGGCAUUUUGGCCGAUGAAAUGGGUCUGGGAAAGACGGUACAAUCUAUAGCAUUUCUAUGUCACAUUGCCGAGCACUACGGUGUUUGGGGUCCAUUUCUGAUCAUUUCACCUGCCUCUACGCUGCACAAUUGGCAACAGGAAAUGGAACGCUUUGUGCCCGAUUUCAAUGUAGUGCCCUACUGGGGUUCACCCAAUGAGCGCAAAAUAUUGCGUCAAUUCUGGGAUCAGAAGCAUCUGCAUACACGCGAGGCCAGUUUUCAUGUAGUUAUCACCUCCUAUCAGCUGGUGGUCAGCGAUUAUAAAUACUUCAAUCGCAUCAAGUGGCAAUAUAUGGUGCUCGACGAGGCGCAGGCUAUCAAGAGUGCCGCUUCACAGCGCUGGAAACUGCUGCUGGGCUUCAACUGUCGCAAUCGCUUGCUGCUCAGUGGCACGCCCAUACAGAACAGCAUGGCCGAGCUGUGGGCGCUGUUGCAUUUUAUAAUGCCUACGCUGUUUGACUCGCAUGAUGAGUUCAACGAAUGGUUCUCCAAGGACAUUGAAUCGCAUGCGGAAAACAAAACGGGCAUCGACGAACUGCAAAUCUCGCGUCUGCAUAUGAUACUCAAGCCCUUUAUGUUGCGUCGCAUUAAAAAGGAUGUGGAGAAUGAGUUAUCGGAUAAAAUUGAAAUUAUGGUCUAUUGCCCGCUCACCAUUCGACAGAAACUGCUGUAUCGCGCACUUAAGCAAAAGAUUCGCAUUGAAGAUCUGCUGCACAUUAUAAGCGGCAGCGGCACAGCUGCAGCACCUGCCGAUGGUUCAGUGGAUCGCAAUUUCACUUCAAAUCUCAUGAACUUGGUCAUGCAGUUUCGCAAAGUCUGCAAUCAUCCGGAGCUCUUUGAACGCCGCGAUGCCAAAAGUCCAUUUAGCAUGCGUUGCGCCGAGUUUGUGCUGCCGCGUCUAGUGUACGACGAUGGAUUGCUGCACAGCGCUUUGCCCAGUCGCCAGCACUUGCUCUACAAUCGCUUUAACAUAUUCAAAUCGGCGCAUAUGCAACGCGGCUUGUAUAACGAUGUGCAAUUGGAUAAUUGUUUUAGCUUUACGCGUCUAGCAGACUUAUCGCUGUCUGAUAUGGAGGAUGUUAGCUGGCGUGGUUUAAUUGCAUUUCUGCUGCACUAUCGCCGUGUUAUAGACAGGCAGCCCUUGCUCGCCUAUCGUUGUCAGUGGUGGCCACAGCAACGCGCUAGCAGUUAUCAGCUAUUGGAGCCCACACUGGAGCGUAAAUUAAUGCCACACUAUAUGCUUACAGACAGCGUGCUUAGAAAUUUCAUAUUUACGGCUAUGACUUCGAACGAGAGCAGCGUCUAUGCAUUUGGAAAUUAUCAUACAAUUAAUAUGCAGGAAACAAUUGAGCAUCGUGUCAUACGCUCCAAGGUGCUCAAGCAAACGCCGCCGCUAAUUGAAGAGCUUGCUGCCGCAUCAUGCGUCAAGCAGGAGUUGGAGUCUGUUGAAGUGCAAACCAAAGCAAAUGCCAAGAGUGAUGUAAAGCUGACAACCUUACAAUUGCUGCCAGAGUUUGUGCAUCGUCCACGCAAGCCACAACGCUACGAGUGCGAGCCAUUGCAAAUGCCACGCUUUCUCUAUGGCUUGGGCCAGCGUGUGCAGGCUGUGCAGCGGCAUUUAUACUGUGAAAGCCGUGCAGCUGCCUGGACGCAUUUGCGUCAUCUGCAGUGUGAAAAUGUCGUAGGACGCGAGCUGGUGCGCACAGGUUUGGCGCUUUGCAAGCCACGCAACGGCUGGUCUUCGAUUAUAGUGCCCGAUAAGGAGACACUGAUCACAGACGCUGGCAAACUGUUUGUGCUGGAUACGCUGCUCACACGGCUCAAGGCUGAGGGACAUCGUGUGCUCAUUUAUUCACAAAUGACUAAAAUGAUUGACUUGCUAGAAGAAUACAUGUGGCAUCGCAAGCAUCGUUAUAUGCGACUUGAUGGCUCCAGCAAGAUUUCAGCACGUCGCGAUAUGGUUGCUGAUUUUCAAUCCCGCGCUGAUAUCUUCGUUUUUCUACUUUCCACGCGAGCCGGUGGCUUGGGCAUCAAUUUAACUGCCGCCGAUACGGUUAUCUUCUAUGACUCGGAUUGGAAUCCCACUGUUGAUCAGCAGGCUAUGGAUCGAGCGCAUCGUCUGGGCCAGACCAAACAAGUGACAGUCUACAGACUUAUAUGCAAGGGCACCAUCGAGGAGCGCAUACUGGAGAGGGCGCGAGAAAAGAGCGAGAUACAACGCAUGGUCAUAAGUGGCGGCAAUUUCAAACCAGAUACGUUAAAGCCCAAGGAGGUUGUGUCACUGCUGCUGGAUGAUGAAGAAAUCGAAAUGAAAUAUCGUCAGGAAGCAAAGCUGCAGGUCAAACAGGAGUCAAGCUCACCCAUUCCAGGCAAAGUCGAACGCAAGCGACGUCAGCCCAAAAAGGAGUCCAAUAUGGGAGGCGUUACUAUACCAGCGAAUGAAGACGAUGUGCCCAGUUGCAGCUCAGCUGCCAAACGCAUUAAGCAGGAGCUGGACGAGGACUCAAUUGAUGUGGGCAUUGCCUCGUCCACAUCCAGUGCGGGCACCGACAGCAACAACCAAAUACUCAGCCAAGAGACGUAUGUGCCAGGUGCAACCAGCGUGCCGCCCCAGCAGUUGCAACUUGACAACGAUUCCGAUAACGAGGCUUUAAUUGUGGAUGGCGAUAGUCCAACGCUAAUGUCGCAGUCAGAUUCAAUGAACUACCUAACUGACUUUGGCGGCAUUUCGUCGGUGCGGCGACGUCACCACCCGCGUGGCACGAAGCGUGGUCGUCCCAGAGGCAGCACAAGGCGCGGCGGCGGCCAUGGCUCAUUGCAGCGCGUGUCAACGCCAACAUCGCCAGCAACACCAGCAACAACAACAGCAGCAGCAACUGGAACUGGAACGACAACAUCGCCGCUGCCACAACAGGAAGCAGCAGCAGCAGCAGCAGCAGCAGGCAAUGCGGAGGCAGCAGCAAGUGGCGCAGCCGCAGCACUUCAGGAUGAAGACACACCUGCCACAUUCGGCGGCAUGGGCACACCGCCAUCCUCGCUGGUCAAACGCGGACCGGGACGGCCACGCUCGAAGACCUCAACGCCUGUUAGUCGCGGCACGCGCGGCGCACCGCGUGCACGCCGACCCAUGGGUCCGCUGCUGGUGCCCCUAGGCUGCACUCCCGAUGACGCACCAGCCGCCAGCAGUCCAGCGACAAGUCGUGCUACUAGCCCAUACGAGUAACUUGCAUAAUUCCAUUGUUAAAUAGCAAAGCUGCCAGAGCCUAAUUGAAUGUGAUGUGAAGCAGACAUUAUAGUUAAUAUUUAAAGUUGUCAGUUUAAAGUGCAUGGAUCAAUUGUAAGCAAAUAAAAAACAUUUAUAUUGAA